GAAAUAACUGCAGGAAUGAGUGUGCUUCUCGUGGUUUUUCUCAGCACCAUUGUUCUCCACUCUGUGUCAGCUGGUGGUGCCUAUUGUGCUAAAACAGCAAGAGCUCGUGCAGCUGCCUUGGGUUUGGAUUAUCCCGGGGUUCAUGGAGCCCCUGAUCUCUCUGGACCAGCUCACCAUGGAAUUCCCCCUCACAGCCAUGAAUGGGUUGAGACUGAACCAAACAUGGUCUCCUCUCAACAAAAUUGGCCAACUUUUGAUAACAUGAUGCACAAAGAAGCUAACCUCGGGAUAUCUGACGGAGUCAUACUGAGCCACAGCCCUCACAGACCAGUUCAAAGCAGACACAGCACCAACUUGGUGCACAGCUUUCCCAGAGGACAGUCGGUUAGUAACCGCGAGUCCAGUUUUAAGGAGGUCAAACACUUUGCCCUACCAAGACUGGCUGAAGCCCCUGGCCAGUUUGCCUUUGUGAAUGGGGAUCCUGAAGGUCACUCAUUUGUCUAUAGUGAGCGUGAUGUUGUCGUUGAUGACUCUGUCCCAAAUAGGCAUGGCACUUCUCUCCAUGCACUCCCCGUGCCCCAAAGCUGGGGUCAUGGUGCUUACCAGAGAGGUCUAACUGCAUAUGGGCUAGGAAGAAACGUUCCUGUUCUUGGUUCAAAUCGCUUUCUUAACAAAGGCCAUGGAGCAGCAAUGACUAGCUGGGGUUCUCCUGUGUUUGGUAGUUGGCGAUAUAGAUUUCCUGGCCUCAAUGUCAAACAGUUUGUUCAAGGUAACCCAACCCCUUGGUGGUCUUACAGAAGCAAAAUCAGAUCCCGUUAGACUUAUUCAAAUGAAAGGGUCUGACAUGAAAGGGCCUGGCAUAUAGCUUUGCUGUCUUGUCAGAUAGUGUCCCUUUGACAAUUUCUUAAAGUUAAGAGGCAGGCAUUUUGUGCAGGGGGGGGAUCAGUACUUUGACUGGAGAGAGAGGAUGUCCAAUUUAUCUGCACAAGCUCCUACACUGUAGCUUUUUCACCUGUAACUCCAAAACAAGUAGCAUUACAUUCCCUAUUGAAUAUAAAAUUUAAAAAUGGUUGAUUCUCUGCAUCUUUUUUUCCUUUCCCUGCCCCCCCUUCAUAAGCCAUUAACUCAAUGUGACCUGGAUGUUACCAGAGUGCCAUCUGUUGGUUCUAAUGGGUAGAGAUUCUUUUGCUCACAUUGUUGUACACAGGUGCUGCUUAAUAGAGGGUCAGCCUCUGACAAAUCCAUAAUCUGUUUACAAUCUGUUUGCAAGUACAACUAGUGACUAUGCUAAUUUCUUCAAAUAGCCUUGGUGUUUCAGUGACAUCUUACACUAGUGAUCUGGCAUCCCUAAUAACAGUUAAAAUUCAGUUUCAGAUCUUGACAUUUGAUAUUCUAAAAACUGCGCAUUUAUCUUUGUAAUGAUUCUUUCACCAAUGCAGAACAUGAUCUGGAAGUGCAAAUAGUCUACACGUGAGUAAUUAAAAGCUUCACAUUUCAGACCCUUGUCUUU